AUGGUGUUGAAAUCACCCCCAGUUGAUUUUGUUCUGCAGGAACGCACCGUGGGCUUUCUGGCAGCCUCCGUCUUCUCAGUGGCCUACGUGGCAGCGCCCAUUCACGUCUUUUGCGCCCUGGGAUGCACCGUGAGAUAUCCCACCUGGUGGGGGGCUUGGAUGAUGAACAUUCCGAUCUUGGUAUCUUUGAUGGUGCCCUGUCGCGUGGUGGAGCGACUGGCGAAUCCCAUUUUCACCUCCUGGCCAAUGCAGCAGAUACCCAAGUACUUUCACUAUGAGGAGUACCAUGAGACGACCGACAGUGAGUUCCGUUCAUCUUCUAAGAACUUCAUCGUCGGAGCGCAUCCUCACGGUGUCUUUUCGUUUUGCGGUGUCUGUGCUGCUGUCAUGACCCAUGGAGCUCGUGAUGGCUUUGGAGCUGCGCUGGCAGAGGAAGCACCCACAGCGGCUGCCUCGGUGGUGAAAAUCUUCCCUAUCUUGAAAGAUGUCUUGGCUGUGUUUGGUCUCAUUGAUGCCAGCAGUUCGACCUUGUCGAAGCGACUGUCCAAGCCUCGAGGUACCUUUGUGCUGUACAUCGGUGGCAUGAUCGAACUCUUCUAUUCCAGUCCCAAGGAGGAGGUGGUCUUCCUGAAGGAACGGAAAGGGUUCAUCAAGUUGGCCUUGCGGUCUGGUGCAGAUGUGGUGCCCGUCUACAUGUUUGGGAAUACCACGGUGCUCUCGGUCUUGGCCUGGGGACCAUUGGCAUCUCUGAGCCGAUCCUUAGGGAUGUCGGUGACGUUUUUCUGGGGGAGAUUUGGUCUGCCGAUGCCAAAUCCUGUGCACAUGACUUAUGUACGUGGAAGACCACUGGGGAUGCCACACAUUGAAAACCCAAGCGCAGAGGAUGUCGAGAAGUGGCAUGCCGUCUAUUGCCAGAAACUCACAGAGCUUUUUGACAACUACAAGGGCCGAAACCCGGAUUACAAACACAAGAAACUCAUCAUCAAGUGA